CUCCCACCCCCGCGUUCCUGUGACUGGAGCGGCGAAGAUGGCCUCAGGAGUACAAGUUGCUGAUGAAGUAUGUCGCAUAUUUUAUGACAUGAAAGCUCGGAAAUGCUCCACACCAGAAGAAAUCAAGAAGAGAAAGAAGGCUGUCAUUUUUUGUCUCAGUGCAGACAAAAAGUUCAUCAUUGUAGAAGAAGGCAAGGAGAUCUUGGCUGGAGAUGUUGGUGUGACCAUAACCGAUCCUUUCAAGCAUUUUGUAGGAAUGCUUCCUGAAAAAGAUCGUCGCUGUGCUUUGUAUGAUGCCGGCUUUGAAACCAAGGAAUCCAGAAAAGAAGAGUUGAUGUUUUUUUUGUGGGCACCAGAACUAGCACCUUUGAAAAGUAAAAUGAUUUAUGCAAGCUCCAAGGAUGCAAUCAAAAAGAAGUUCCAAGGGAUAAAACAUGAAUGUCAAGCAAAUGGGCCAAUCUUUUAA